AUGUCGCGAAGACCAGGUCCCGUCUGGUUCGGCAGACCCUCCGUCACAUCCUCGAAAUCGGCCACCCUGUCAACCCGCCCUUCAAAGGGACAACCCCGAGAGCAAGUCGAGCUCGCCGUCGUUUUCGAAGACAUAGCGACUUACCGCUCUUACAAGCCCGGCGCGGGGCCCCGACUGCGUCCUAUCUCCCUUUUACCCGUACGCGAUACGACAGCCUACAUUCGCGACGAGUUCCUCAUCCCACACACGAUAUCGGGAGAUGGCAGGAAACACCUCCAAUACCAGGUCGCUUGGACGGACCUCCCAGCGGCCAGGCUCAUUGUUGAUGCCGAGAGGAUAGCGGAUUACGUUUCGCCGAGGGCAUACGAGGAAUGGUGCGCAGCUAGGGCAGAGGAGCGAAUCGAGGAAGAGCGCAGGAUGGAGGAGGAAGAAAACGUACGCGCGGUAGCGGAGGCGGAAGCUAGGGAGAAGAGGGUCAGGCUUCGAAAUGGACUGCCAAAGGAAGUUCCGGCGACAAAGACCACUCAGGUGGAGAGCAAGAAGAGGAAACGGAAGACCAAGGCCGAAAGGGAGGAAACCACGAGAGCUGUGACGCCGGGCAGUGAGCAGAAGAGAAAAGCUGGGGGGCCCAAGAGGAAUGCGCCGUCGCUUUCUACGCCUUCCAAGACCAGACUCGAGGAGUUCCGCGAACUGGAUACGGAAGUUGAGCCGGAGACGGAGGACCUCGCCGAGGACGACGACGAUAAGGCCAUUUUCCGACAACUGAACGGGGAGGACCCUUCGUCUGUCGCAGAGGAGUCAUGUGAUUCCGGCGAGGGGAGCAAUGUACCGUCCGGUCUGAAACCGCCGUCCAAGAAACAGAGAACGGUAUCACCUCGGCCGGUCCUUUCGAGGUUUCUGUCCGGCAUCGAGACGGAUAGCAACCGUAGCACGCCCUUCGACUCAUCACGGGGAGCUACCAGCUCACCCGCCCUCCCGCCGCUGCCUCAACCUCGUGCGACAUCACAAGCGAACAGACUUGGUCCUCCAUCAACCUUUCCCUCCGCCUUACCGGCAUCAGCCAACUACGCUUCCACUCCUCCAGCAAUCCCCAAAAAGAUAACACCCAUAUACCCCCCAGCCCCUCCUAAACGCUCCCAGUUGUCAGUGCGAGAUCCUCCAACACCACCUCAGCCUCAACCUCAACCAUCAUCAUCAUCAUCAAAAACACAAACACAAACACCGACGCCGAAGCCAUGGAAACCCCCGGCGAACAUGAAAGAAACACCAAUCAAACCCCCUACAAACGGAACAUCCACCUCGUCACCACGAACCGGCUUCACGCCUUUAAGCCACCGCUCAACACCCUGGACCGUCGCCCACGCCGUCCACAACGCGUCAAGCUUAACACCAGGUCAACCCGUCCAAUCAAUAGAACAGGCCCGCGUCUCGUCAACGUUAAAAUCCACACCGAAACAAAAACCCGAGAAACCCGCCGCCUCGGUACCACCGCCACCCCCGGCCAACGACUCAAUCCACGUCAAACCGCACGACGCAGACCGCGACGAACUCGCCGAGUCGGACGACGUCUACGAAGUGCUCCGCCUAGAAGGCCUGCAGAUCCGCCACGUCCGCGGGAAACCCGUGCGCUACUUCGCCGUCCGCUGGAAGGGCAACUGGCCGCCCGACCAGAACCCCACCUGGGAACCCGAGUCCAACAUCCCGCGCUACAUGACCAAGAAGUACCUCCUCGCGCACCCCGCCCCGACGCCGCAGCCGCCGCCGCGGCCGCGGAAGGGGACCAACGGCACUCUGGACCAGUACCUAUCUCCUCCGUUGUGGUCCCAGCGGAAAUACUCUUCCGUGUCAGAAGCCUUCGAGGGCGUCGAGUACGACGCGGCUGCUGCCGGCGGCAACGGGAAGGACCUCGAUCUCGACCAGGCUGCCGUGAAGCAGGAGGACGAGGACGGCGGAGAUACGGGGCAAGAUGAGGUGCUGCUCGUAACGGAAGACCCCGUUUCCUCUGUUCGACCGACGUUUUCUUGGUGA